AUGGCGUCCCCCCCACCACCACUCCCCAUGAGCGAGCAGCAGCAGCAGAAGGAGGAGCACCAGCGCGCUAUCGAUCGUAUCGAGAAGGAGCAGCGCGAGAUCCAGGAGGACAUCGGACGGAAGCGUGCAGAGAAGGCCACGCUGCAGGCGGUGCACGACAGUCUCCAGAAGAAGGAGAGCGAGAAGCAGCAGCGCCAGGGCGGAAAGAAGUGA